CCUCAGAAUCUACUACUGACAAAGCCCUUUCCUGAUUGCGAAGUGAAACUGUGUGACUUCGGUAUCUCGAGACUCAUUACCAAAGGCAUUGAAAUUCGUGAGAUAGUUGGAACACCCGAUUAUGUAGCGCCGGAAGUGUUGCACUAUGAGCCUAUCAGCUUGCCCACCGACAUGUGGAGUAUUGGUAUUUUGACAUAUGUGCUUCUGUCUGGUCAUUCACCAUUUGGUGGAGAUACAAAGCAAGAAACUUUCUGCAACAUUACUAGAGGAACUCUUGAAUUUCCACUAGAUUUAUUUGAUACCAUUUCGAACAAUGCAAAGGAUUUUAUUAGGAGAUUACUUGUGAGGAACCCAAGUGAGCGCAUGUCAGCUAAAGAAUGUCUCUCUCAUCCUUGGUUGAAUGACACUGAAGCUGGCAGUCCACUUUCGGGCAUUAAAUUAACCCUCAUACCAACACCAGGUAGCACUACUACUGAAUAUGAUUUGGAUUCCUCUACAGACUCUCAUGAGACUCAUUUUUCACCUUAUAAGAAAGACCAUAACAAAUCCAGUUGUUUCUCACCAGCUACAGACAUGAAAUCAAAUCGAAGCAAUGGCUUUAACAAAAGCCUUUCACCCAAACCAAGUGGAAACUCUACUUCUGAUCAAGAAGAACAAAAAAGUGGACGCACUCGAAGUGUUGAUAUGAUGGUAGCACAAUUUGAAGGUCUUGCGAUGUCAUCCAAACAUAUUGUUUUUUCUGAAGAAAUCAUUGUGGAUGAACGAGUUGGCAUGGUAUAUUAAUAUAUUAUGCUACUUGUAGUUAAAUAUUUGAUUUAUCAAAAAAGUUUAAAAAGAGAGCAUUUGUUUUGACACUGACUGUUACUGAUUUUAAAAAUAUGUGGUGACUAUUUUCUGAUGACUAAAUAACUUUUAUAUUAACUUCUUGAAGCAGUGCUGGACUUUUUAGCUCUUUUGUAUCUUGGAAGCACCUAUGUCAAAUAGAUGAUCUGCAUCUUUGGUUUUUCCCUCAACCAUAAUAUUAAAAAAUUUUAAACAAUUUCUGUAUUUCUUAAAUGACAUGUAAAACUGCACAUUUAUAAGAUGAUUAUUGUAAGGUAAACCUGAGGUAUAAUUUUAUAUAUACAUUAAAAAGAAAAGGAAUGGCAUGCUUAGUUAAUUCUACUUAAUUUGUUAGCUUACAUGAGUUUUAUGCAGUUCAUACUUUCAACAAACACUCAAUGCUUCUGAUAAUGAUCUGAAAUAUAAUCAGCAGCUGAUCUAAUCUUUAACAAUUAUUCUGAACUUAUUUAAGAAGUUCUACAAAUUUUUGCUAAUAUUUUAAUGUAGUAUUUAAUUUUCAUGUUGUUUCAUACUGAUCAUCAAUCAGAUAAGCAAAAUGAAUGCAUUUUAUACUAAUUCAUUUACUGAAGUAAAUUUUAAAAUAUUUUGUAGACAUAACUCAUUUUUAAAUAUAAAUAUUUAGCUUAUUUUGGUUGUCUUCAAAUACAUGAUUAAAUUUAUCACAUUUUAUUACCUUCAGGACUUGUGCCUUAUAAGAGUUUGAGAUUGCAUUUAAACUAAUUAUUAUCAAGUCACCAUGUGUGGCUUAAACAAACUGCAAAUGGAUUUUAGCAGUUAAAUUGUUGAAUUCCCGGUGCAUGUUUUUGGGCUCCGAAGAAAAUGUAUUCAUUUUGCAUUUUCCCACCCUUUUUAAUUGCCUUGGGUAUUUGUGUAUAUAUAAAUUCAUUUUUUGAAGUUAUAUUUAUCUGUUUUGUUCUUAUUUAUGUUAUUUUGUGAUAUUCUACAAAUAUCUGUUUGUAAAAUAUUAAAACUGUGUGAUAGUUUAAAUUGGUGAGAAUUCCCAUGUUUUAGAUUUUGAAAUACCAAAAUUUAUUUAUUUUAAUAUUGAAUUUUAAUACAUGGUAAAAUUCAACUUUAUGUGGUGUUAAUUUCAAUUAAAAAAGAAACUUAAAAAAAAUCUUUUAAUUGAAAUUAAUAUUAAGGUUUUGCCAGUAUUAAAGUUCAAAUGCACAACCAUCUAUUUGACUUGUAUUUGUUGGAUCUAAAACUACAAAAUUUUUAUUGAAGUUUGCCAGCCUCUAGACAUUAUAAGUUUCUUUUUUAAACUACUAUAUAAAGGGAAAAUAACUUAGAUUUGAAGUAUAUAUUUUGUAUUGGCAUUUUCUUAGAUGCAUUUUCCCUCCCAGUGUUACUUACUUACAGUUUUAAAUUGUAGAUGAGAUAAAACUUCAUUUUAAUUUACAUUAAGUGGAUUAGAAUUUUUUACUACUAGAAGAAUACUCCAAUAUAUUUCAUUACUCUUUUUUUAUUCCUAAUUUUUAACUUCAGCAGUUGAAGAGAAAAACUAAUGUAUCUGAAUACAUUUUGUUUUGUAAAUUACAAGCUGUAUAAUUUGCUGCUUUAAUUUAUUUUCAUGCUUUGAAGAAAUUGUUUUACUUUGUAUGGCUUUUGCCGUUGCAUAGCAAAAUAAGUGGUGGAACUUAUUUCCCAUUAGAAAAGUGUUUUUUUAAUGUACUAAAAAUUGUAAUUUACUACAAUAAUUUCAAGAUAUUCUUUGAAUAAUAUAGGGUUUUGGUAAUUUUGUUAUUGCAAAUUGUUUAAAUUACAGCUAUUUUAUAAUUUUUGGAACUUGAAAAUUUGUUUUUCAUUUCUAGACCUGCAUAGCAUAUGAGCAAUUUUGAUCAGUUAUUUUCUAAUAAAAUUGUCUGAGCUUGGAAAGGAAGAUUUCAUGUGAUGAAGAGUUAAAUGCUAUUUUGGCAUAUGCUUUUAAAUUGUUAUCUGUGCUGUAAGAUGAAACAAUCUAUGUGAUGGCUUGAUAUCAAAUAUUUAAACAUUUCGUAUCUUCCGCGCUAUUCGGCAAAGUAUAUGUGCAUGCAAAUUUGUUAGUCAAUUUCUAAUUUACAGCACUUAAUACUUACUAAGUUAGGUCUCUUAUUGUUCGAAAAAAAUGAUAAAUUUUAAGUCCGAAUUCACCACACUCUUGGACAGCAAGAUGUAUAUACUAAAACUUGUAAGCGAUUUCUUAGUACAGAGCUUUUACAGUGAAACAGUACACAAAUUCCGCAGGCGGUUUAAUAGUGCCUUGUAAUUCCAUCUCAGAUCAAUCAUUUGGGGGACUGCAGGAACUGUCACCCAAGUGCUUCCUCAUAGAUUGUUGGAGAACCUAAGCUGUUUUAUACUAGAAGAGUGUUUACAUAUAAAAACUACAUACUGAAUUUGAUAUGUACCUUAAUAUAGGCCUCACAUUGCAUGAGAGCUGAUUGUUCUGUAAAUAAAGUUAUAUGAUAAAUA